CGGCAGACAGACACCGGUCUGUCUCCCUGGUGAUGUGAAGUUUGCUGAUCUGGAAAGGCUACUUCUUGUUCAAAGAAUGAUGGCAUUUAAGCCGGCACCAAAAAAGGAUUGGUACAGGAUUUUGGGUGCAGACCUGUAUGCAGAUGUGGCUGACCUAAAACAAAAAUAUCAAAAACUCGUAUUAAUGUGUCAUCCAGAUAAACAAAGUACAGAUGUGCCAGCAGGAAUGGUGGAAGAAUAUAUACAGAAGUUCAUUGAAAUUGAUCAGGUAUGGAAAAUUCUAGGGAAUGAAGAGACUAAAAAAGAGUAUGACCUGCAGUGGCAUGAUAAUGAGCUACAAAAUAUGGGACCAGUAGAUGCUCAAGUGUAUCUUGAAGAAAUGUCUUGGAAUGAAGAUGAUCAUUCUUUUUUGCUGAAUUGCCGGUGUGGUGGAAAAUAUACCAUCUCCAAAGAUGAAGCAGAAGAAGUUAGCCUGAUCUCUUGUGAUACAUGUUCACUAAUUAUAGAACUCCUUAACUACAGCUAAACUUGUUCACUGCUCGGACUCCUUUAACAGAAUAUUCAGACAUGAUAAGAAGAAGC